AUGUAUAUAGUUUUUUUUUUCAGAAUGCCCUUCAACCUCUUCACCUUUCCACUUGUGAUCCGUAGGCAAAUUCCUCAGGAAAUGAGCUUCAUCGACGUGCUUAACUUUUCAUUUUGCUCUUCCAAAACUGAAACGUUGGCCAGAAAAUCAAUAAAAAAAGGAUACUCGUCGAUGAUCCAUUCGUGUUCGAAUUUAUCCGUUGAACGUUCUUACGUCAUGCAAAUGAAGGACAUUAAUAAUUUAAGUGAACACUUAUCGUUUUUAAUUAGAGAAGCGUCAAGAGAAGACAUUAUUCAGCAAGAAAAGUGGUUUAAAUUGAAAAUUGGACAAACAAUGGUUUACUGCGCAACUCCGUGCCAUGAAGCCAGCAGUAUAAUCAAAUUUUAUUUCAAUGGAUCAACCUUAAAAGUAGUUCACGAAAUGCUUCGAAACACGAUUUUGAACCUCCACCAAACACAUCUCAAAUCAAAUAUAAUAUUUUUUUGGAAGCAAGGAAUGAGUCAACAAAAGAUUCACCAUUUCUCAAAUAUUCGAAAUGUCAACCACAUUAUUCUAAGUGAAAUGGUUAAGCUAGAUACAAUCCCAAUCACCUUUCUAGAUCAAAUCUUUUCGACAUGGCCGAACUUAGGCAGUUUGUCGUUGUAUCCACAGAUAGAUGGUGAACUUAAAGAUGAAUGUGGUUUGUUCUCAAUCAAGAGAUUGUUUCUUGGUAGUUCAUGUUUAAUGGCUGACAGUGUAAUCCCUCGAUUCAAGGGGCGUCAUUUAAGCGCCAAAAAUGCAUUUAUUUCGUCUGAACAAGUUAUGCACUGGUUGCACCAAUGGACAACGGACAUAAAUUUUCAAAACAUCCAAACAAUGACCUUUUCUUUAGCUCCCGGCUACCAAUUGAACGUGGAAAACAUUUAUCAAGAAGUUAAUGCAAAACCAUGGGAUCCUGCCACACGACCCAUAGAUUAUUGCAACGAAGAAACUCUCGAAAAAAUUAUCAAUUGUGAAGAAUGGCUUGAUAUCUCAAGUAAUGGACGACUGAUAUCAAUUUUGGUCAAACCCAAGUCAUUUGGACUGGUUCAAUGGCAACUUUAAGUUUCUAAUUUUUUGUAAUCACUUGGUUUACAUAGUGAGAUGUUGUUUAUCGUUAAAAUAAUCCAGAUAAAUUUACAGUACAUUCCAAAAGAAGUAAAAUAA